UAAAUAACCCCUCUGUAACAGUGACCUAAUAACCCCUAUUCUCUCCUCUAGAAACCAUGAGCCAUGAUAAGCUAAACAAGUACCGCCGAAUAAGAUCAGCUCCAUCGCCAUCGCCAUCGCCAAUUUCAAUUCCAGUUGAAACUGUGAGCAGAAAUAUCUUGAGGGAUAAAAUAGGUGUCUUCUGGGACAUCGUGGAUUGUCCCAUUCCUCACGGUCACGAUCCUUUUUCGGUUUAUGAGACUAUAACAUCAGUUAUGGCGGGUGAGGGUUAUACUGAUGCGACCAUGGAAAUAAGAGUUUAUGGUGGGGACAAGGAUGCCAUACCUGCAAAAUUGCGGUAUGACUAUCUUGCUGCCGGAGUCUUCUACCAACCCCAAGUUUCAGGGGGUGCAUGUGGGAGAGUUAAUCAAAUGUCAAGGGACAUUCUUAUCUGGACAAUAGACCAUCCUGAACCUUCAAAUGUGAUGGUAAUCGGGAAAAAUGUCUCAGAAGACAAGAAGUUCCGCAGAGUUCUCGAAGCUUUGAAAUCUAGACAUCACAAUAUUUUUUUCAUAUGCCCUAACAAUAUGCACUCAUUAGAAUUGAUUCGUCCUUUUGUACUCUCAAUAAGGCAUUGGGGACAACUAUUUGAUGGACGAAAACCAAUCGACCAAGCCGAGCAUAGCUGAUACUGAUUCGUAAGGUGCAGCGGAAGGACACGACUAAGGAAGUAGCCAUGAUCAUCCUUUGUUCUGUCUCCCAAUUAUGUGAAGCCUUUGGUUUUGUGUUUUUUUUUUUUUUAAAAUAAACAUUUCAUCUUGUUCUGAUAAACUUUGUUGGGUUAAGAUCAGCUCAGUCGUAAUUAUUGUUUGUUGUA